CUUCAACUGAAGAAGGUAUGAAAGUCAAGAUACACUUUGGACAGGUCACAAACUGAAACUCUUACUAAAUACACAAUCAAUCACGGGAUUAAGUAACUGUUGAAUGUAGGAUCCAUCUGAAUCUGAUUCAAUGGGUGAUCCAAAACCUGUACGACUGAUAUCAGUGUCAGGUUCCCUCGAUUCGUCCGUCGUAGCAGAGGGAAACAUGUCUGGCGAUUUGUUGUCAUUAGAUAUUUUGAGAGACCCACCCUCUGGGCCACUCGAUGAAUACAGAAAGAGGGCAUCUUUUGACUGGAAGAAAAUGAAAAUGUUUUACUACGAAGAAGAUAUUCUUCGAUUUCAGAACAAAAUAUGGACAACAUUGGAGAAGGACCCUAUUUUCUCGAUGCCGAUGGAUACACCUGCAUUGAGUGACUACAGGGAAGCCACAUUUCUGAGAUGCAAGCGUUUGUUUGAAUAUAACCUGAUCAAUGAUGAAGAAAUCUUCAAUAAUCCACUGAAACAUAAGAUGUUCACAGACUGUAUCGGGAUGUAUGAUUGGUCGCUGUCUGCCAAGUUUUUACUGAACGUGGAGAUGACGGGGGGCACCAUCACCGCCUCGGGAUCGCCGCGCCAUGGCGACAUCGUGGACAAAAUCAAAAACUUUGAGUAUUUUGGCUGUUUUGCUCUGACAGAACUCAGUCAUGGUAGUAAUACAAAAGCCAUGAGGACAACAGCUCACUACAUACCAGAAACACAGGAGUUUGAGCUGAACACACCCGACUUUGAAGCCACGAAGAUUUGGUCAGGGAACAUGGGUAAGACUGCUACCCACUCGAUUGUGUACGCCCAGCUGUAUACCCCCGACGGAGUGUGCCAGGGCCUCCAUUCCUUUGUCGUCCCUAUCCGUGACCCCAAGACCCUACACUGCAUCCCUGGGGUAGUGGUGGGGGACAUGGGAGAGAAGCUAGGUCAGAAUGGGCUGGACAAUGGAUUCAUGUCUUUCAACAAUUACCGCAUUCCUAGAGAGUAUCUUUUGAACAAAACAGGGGAUGUAACUCCAGAGGGAAAAUAUGUUACACCAUACAAGGACCCCAGUAAAAGAUUUGGGGCCUCACUUGGGGCAUUAUCGGGGGGCCGAGUGGGUAUCACUGGUAUGUGUGUGUGUAACUUGAAGCUCUGUAUGCCCAUUGCCAUCAGAUACUCUGCCGUUAGGCGACAGUUUGGUCCCACAGAGACAGAGGAAAUUCCAGUUAUAGAGUAUCAACUUCAGCAAUGGCGCCUGAUUCCAUAUUUAGCAGCAACCUAUGUUUUGGAGCACUUUGCAGACAGUUUCUUUAUGGACUAUGCCUCGCUGAGAAUCAGUAUUAUGGUGGGGGAUAAAUCAGAGAGAUCAGCUGAGCUGGGUAAGGAAAUCCAUGCUCUGUCGUGUGCCAGUAAACCCCUGGCGGGCUGGAUAGCUAGAGACGCCAUUCAAGAAUGUCGGGAGGCCUGCGGGGGCCAUGGUUACUUCAGAGUGAACAGACUUGGCGUACUGCGGAAUGAUAACGAUCCUAACUGUACGUACGAAGGGGACAACAACGUCAUUCUACAACAGACCAGCAACUAUCUGUUAUCUCUAUUGGACAGGAUAUCAAAUGGUGAUGAGAUUGAUUCCCCAUUAGAGAGUGUCAACUUCCUAAACAACAUGAAGAGCAUCCUGAGCUCUAGAUUUACCCCAACCUCUGUAGCACAGUGUAUGGAUCCUGAGGUGUGUGUGAAUGCUUUCCAUUGGCUGGUGUGUCGAUUGUUGAUUGAUAGUUCUCAGAGAUUACAGUCCCAGUCACAGAAGGGAAGCGAUGGAUUCACAGCUAGGAAUAACAGUCAGGCUUACUUCUGCAGGUCACUGGCUCUAGCUUAUAUUGAGCUGACUGUCCUUGAUCGGUUUGUGACCGUGUUACGUGAGGGUAAGGAUGGAGAGCCUGUACCAGCAGAUCUUGUUCCAGUUUUGGUCCGCAUCGCUGCUUUGUUUGGACUCUGGAGUCUUGAGAAACACCUGACAACAUUGUAUCAAGGUGGUUAUAUAUCUGGGAGUGAGCCCCCUAAGAUUAUCCGGGAGGCCAUUUUACAGCUGUGUUAUGAACUUAAGGAUGAUGCUGUGGCCCUGGUAGAUGCUAUCGCUCCUACAGAUUUCAUCCUGAAUUCCCCAAUAGGAAAGUCUGACGGACAGAUUUACAAGAACUUAUACAGUGCAAUGAUUCAAGGACCCAAUGCUCUAGAAAGGCCAACAUACUGGAAAGAGUUUGUGGAUAAACCUGUGAUAGGUAGCAAGGCUAAAUUAUAAACUGGAACUCUUCUUGUGAGAACUAUGAUAAACAAGUCAAGGAAUAUUGUGUGUGAUACAUUUAUCAUCAGUGUGAUUGAUAUUAUGUACAACAUAUCAAAACAAAAACAAAAAAAAACAUACAGUAUACAUAUAUGGUGAGAUUUGACUCCAUUAAGAGAAAUGGGUGACCAUAAGAGAUACAGUACUGGAAUGAAGUUAUAUGUACUUUGAUAAAUGGACUUUUGUAAAAUGUCACUCAUUUCAGACACUUUGAAAUAACAAACACACAUUUGUUAGUGGAAGGAGAAGAAGAGACAGUAUAUAUUUUGAAAUAUGAUGCAAAAGGACUUAUACAUUUCUGUUAUUCACUGUCCAUGUAAAGAUGAAGUAUAAAUUUAGAAUAUUUAUUUAUUUGAUUUACUCUUAAUGUAAACCUGAUGGCAUGUUUUUUGAAUAUUUUUUCAUGUAUCUUAGUAAUAUACAAAAAUAAAAAAUAUUUAUUAUUAAUAACUACAUGAUUUCUAGACUUAGUUCAAAAUGUCCAGAAAAAUAUUUUUUAAUGUACAUCAAAAGUUAUUAUUAGCAGUUUUCACGAAUUCCAAAGAGCAAAAAAAGUCAACCAUCCUCUGGAAACCUUUUGCUAUAUUAGUAAUUCUUUAAUCAUAAUCUCUUAUCAUUUUUUUUUAAUAUAGUGAAAGAAUUUGUCUUCAGACCUUGAAGGUGUCUUUUAAAGAUUUGUUUGUUUUUGUUGAAAUACACAGAAGUAUUAUUGCAGUGCUAGACUGCAUGAGUAUUUAAUGAAUAAUUACUGAGGAAAAUUCCUUUAAUGGGGAUUUGCAUUGCAGCUAAAGUUGUGUUUGUUUAUAGAGGCAUUGAUGAACAUAUGAAUAACUUGUUGAGAUUCAUUUCAUAAAAUCUAUUUUACUUAGUAUUCAUUUUUU